AUGUCAAGAAUCAGAAUAAAUAACAGAAAGAAGAGAGUUAGACUCUUCUCUAUGUUAAUAUCAUUUCUGAUUUCUGUUUUAUUUACCAUUGAAGAUUUGAAAUUUCAAGAGUUGAAAGUUAAAGAUAUAACAUUCCAAGAAAUUGAUUCCUUUUAUGAAACUAAAUUAAACUAUUCAGUAUUAUUGAAUACUUCCUUUAUUUUGCCUGUGACAGAAGGGAUAGUUGCCGAUCAUGACCCAAGAUUGAUGCCUUCACUCUGGCUUGAAGGUAUACACAAAGAAAUACAAAAUAAUAGUUGGAAUCCACAAUUUACAUUACCAUUCAGUUGGGAUUCUUGGCUAGAUCUUUCCAAUAAACUAUCUCAAUAUGAAUAUCAAUCUUGCCGUGAUAUAUCUCGAAUGUUUAAAAUUCGUAAUAUUGAUACUAUUUGCCAAGAGAAUGAUUCGAGAAAGGGUUACAUAUUAAAACCUAACGAUGGCCAUUUUUCAGAACGAGGACGGAGAUUCAUGGGGGCCAGUUAUUUAUUAUAUACCAGUCCCAACCCUAAGAGAUUAUUAUUUUUAAACGUUGGGCCCAAUAAAGAAGGUGUGAUAGUUCCAGUUGAUGAAUUUAGUAAUAAUGAUAAAGUGUAUUUAAUUGAAAAAUAUGCCAAAGAUGUGGCAUUUGUAUCGAUUCAAGACAAGUUAAACAAGUUAAAAUUAGAUGAAGCAAUAUGGCCACAAAUUGUAACUGAUCAACUUGGAAAGUUCCAAUCUAUUACGCCACCGUCACAACUUCAAUUGAAUAUAUCUAAUGUCGAUUUCAUAUCAGACCUCCCCAAUGCUAAUGAUUCUCUUUAUUCAUUAGUAUUAAUGGAUAGUAGAAAGUAUUUCCAUGAAGCAGAAUUGCUUGGAACGUACAUGGGAUCUCAUUUUGAUUGGAGGUUUUUCCAAACACACAGAAUUUCUACAUAUGAUCAUCAGGUGAUAUUACAUCGUUUAACUCGAAGUUGGUUAAGAUUUGCCAACACAAUCGGAAUCCAGACAUGGCUAGCUCAUGGUACUUUAUUAGGAUGGUAUUGGAAUGGACUAACUAUGCCAUGGGAUCUGGACAUGGAUGUACAAGUAAGUAUGAAAUCCUUAAUGAUUUUGGCCCGUCGAUAUAAUCAAACAUUGGUGGUUGAUACUAGUAUUCAAGAUGGUUAUAACGUUGGGUUUGGACAGUACCUUUUGGAUGUAGGACCAACGUUAUUCCAUCGAGAACGUGGGAAUGGGAAUAAUGUGAUUGAUGCAAGGUUUAUAGAUAUCUCCACUGGAGUGUAUGUCGAUAUUACAGCCUUAUCAUUCACUACAGCUCUGAAAAAUGUUAUAUUGAAAAAAGAUCAACCAACGGAAUUCAAAUUGCUAUUGGAAAGUAUAAGCAACCGAGAAGACUCUUCUAAUGUUGAUUCUUAUGAUGAUCUUUGUUCAAUUAGAGGUUCACUUUGGAGAAAUAAAGAGAUAUUUAAUUGUAAGAAUAACCAUUUUUAUACCAUUGAUGAAUUAAACCCAUUGAUCCCUACCAUACAUGAAGGAGAGAUUGCGUUUGUUCCCAAGAAAUAUGAAACUAUUUUAAAAAGAGAAUAUAAGAAUGGGAUCAAUAGUACCGAAUAUCGAGAAUGGGAGUUUAGUAAUGUGUAUAGAAUGUGGAUCACCAAGGUUCAACGUGACAUACAUGAAUUGACUAGUCAAUAUACAAGGUAUUCAAUGUAUACUUGGCAACAUGAAAGAACAGGGAUAGAGCUAAACAAUAGGUCAUAUAUACAACCAUUUCUUAUAGACCCAUAUAUAAUCCAUAGAAGUCGGUUAAUAGAAUGAAAAAAAUUAUGUAUUUAUUAAAGAAAGUUGUAUGAG